UUUCACCCUCCAGUCCAGCAGGGGGCGGUGGCUCCCCGGCACCGAACCUCUGACAGUGGCUCAGUCUCAUGUCCGUGUUUACAAGCGAAGCGUGACGUCCGCGGAGCCGCACGAUCACGUCCCGACGCGCGUUUAAAAGCUGUGAUUUUCCUCAGAAAAUGUCCUUGAUGAUGUCCCUGAAAGUUUUCCUCAGCGAGAGGCUGGCGGCGGCGGCGGACGAGAUAUUCGGAGCUGUGGAAAAAACAAUAUUCGAGUACAAAGAGGAGAUUUGUCGGUCGAAAGAUCUGGAGAUCAGUCGGCUGAGGAUGCAGCUGAAGCUUCUCAAGUCAGAGCCGGUGGAGGACAGAUGCCUCUCAGCCCAGCUGCAGCAGCACACCCAUCACCACCAUCCUCCAACACCUCCUCCUCCUCCUGAGCAGCACCAUCAGUCAUCCCCUGCAGAGGAGGCCCCUGAGGCCCAUCCCUGCGAGGAGGAUGGGGGCUGCAGCCCGGAGCAGGAGCACCCAGAGCCCUCGCAGGUGAAGAAGGAGCAGCACAGGGGCCACAGAGAUUUCUGGAUAGCGCACGACGAAGAGCAGCUGGACGGCCUGGAGUCAGACAUUAAAGAUUUCAUCUCGUCCCCUGCCAGCCUCAAAGCCGGCCUGCAGGACCACGCCUUACCCUUCCACCCCUACCACCACCUCCACCUCCACCACCACCUCCACAACAAUGGCAGCGGGGACGAGAGCAAAGAUAAACCCUACUGCUGCUCUGUGUGCGAGAAACGCUUCAGCAACUGCUCGCACCUGGCAGCUCACAUCAGGACGCACACGGGCGAGAGGCCGUACAGAUGUGAAAUUUGCAGGAAGACCUUUAUCACGACGAGCGCCCUGAACAGACACCAGACCAUCCACACCGAGGGGAAACAGUUUGUGUGUAACUUCUGCGGUAAAUCCUUCAAGUGGAUGGAGUCUCUGGGCAGACACACGAGGAGCGUUCACAAGAGGGACAACGUGCCUGUAUGA